AGGAGGAGUCUGAGCUGCGGAAGCGCCUCUCUUCCUGUCACUUAAAAGAGGCGUGUCUAUGGUUUCUACACAUGUCAAAUGUGACUUUAUAAGUGAAAGUAUCUUCUGCGUCAAACACAGUUUGAACCUGAACCGACAAGUUGUUGCUGUGUCGUGGAACUCGCUUAUUACAAAUAAUGUCGGACUCCAUCAAAAACGUCGCGAUAUUUGGAGCCACGGGAAUGACCGGGCUGGCCACCCUCCCGCAAGCGGUGGCUGCAGGAUACAGUGUGACAGUGCUGGUGCGGGACCCUACCAAGCUGCCUGCCGACCACAAGGUAUCCAGAGUGGUGGUGGGAGACGUACUUAAGAAAGAGGAUGUGAUGAAGACCUUGGAAGGCCAGGACGCUGUUAUCAUCAUCCUGGGCACCAGGAACAGCCUCAGCCCGACCACCAUGAUGUCUGAAGGCACCAAGAACAUUGUUGAAGCCAUGAAGGCUCGUGGGAUCUGCAAGGUGGUCGGCUGCAUGUCAGCCUUCCUGCUGUGGGAUCGCUCCAAAGUCCCGGCCCGUAUGGUUGAUGUGACAGAAGACCAUGACAGGAUGUUUAACGUGCUGAAAACAUCUGGGCUGGACUAUGUGGCUGUCAUGCCUCCUCAUAUUGCUGACGACCUUCCUCUGACAGAGAGUUACAUGGCGGCGGAGAGCAUGCUAAAAGGAAGAGCCAUCUCUAAACAUGACCUGGGACACUUCUUCGUCAAGUGUCUGUCCACCUCCGAGUGGGACGGAAAGACGGUCGGAGUGUGGGGAGAGUAUAAAUAGGUGGUGGCCGUUCUUAAUUUCCAUAAAAAAAACACUGAAGAGAAAAUACUUGUUUAUGACUUUAAGACUUGGAGAUAAAUGAAGAACUAAUGUCUGUGUAGAUUUCAACUACUUGUGUGUUGUUAUAUACCCCAUAUGCUUUCCUGUGUUCACCUUUUAUGAUCAUGACUGAGCAACUUUUUCUUUGCUCGUAAUAUUUUUGUACUUAUUUCAAUUUCAUCAUCGGCUGCACCGAGGAUACAUUUAAACAAGUGCCAAUGUACUGCUGCGUUAGCUGUAGCUGUUUGCAUCGCUUUACAUCAGUGGUGUCUUUAACCAUCUUUACGUACUGAAUGUUUGAUUUCCUAUCAUUGAAAAUAAAAGACUUUAUUGUACCAAA